UAAAAAUAAAAUUAAAAAUUAACAAAGAAAAAUGUCAAUAUUAUUACGCCACGUAAUCCCUCCUCCUCACUCUGUUCUCUACUCCACUUCAGAAAAAUCGAAACUCAACUUCCCUUCUUUCCGUAAUCCUCGUUUCUCUUUCUCAUCGAUCAAAGCCACUGCAGCAACUCCGAUGGCUUCCACCACCAAGAAGGUUUUGGUGCCGAUUGCCAAUGGAACGGAGCCGAUUGAGGCCGUCAUAACUAUCGACGUCUUAAGGAGAGGAGGUGCCGACGUGACGGUCGCUUCCAUUGAGAAACAGAUUCGUGUUGACGCGACUUACGAUGUUAAACUCGUUGCUGAUUCUCUUCUUUCUGAGUGCAGCGACGCCGUUUUCGACCUCAUUACUCUCCCUGGAGGGAUACCUGGUGCCACAAAUUUUAAAAAUUGUCAACUUUUAGAAAAAUUAGUGAAGAAACAAGUAGAGGAUGGGAAACUUUACGCGGCGGUCUGUGCUUCUCCUGCAGUUGCGUUUGGUUCUUGGGGUUUGCUAAAUGGAUUGAAAGCGACUUGUCAUCCGUUUUUUAUGGAUGAAUUGAAAUCAAGUGGUGCAAUAACUGUUGAAUCGAGAGUGCACGAAGAGGGGAAUGUGGUGACAAGUCGUGGACCAGGAACUACUAUGGAGUUUGCUGUUGCUUUAGUUGAGAAAUUGUUUGGGAAAGAGAAAGCUGAUGAGGUUUCGGGGCCUUUGGUGAUGCGUUCCAACCAUGGGGAUGAAUAUAGCAUAAAAGAACUAAAUCCAAUGCAGUGGACCUUUGACAAUGUUCCUCAGGUUCUUGUACCCAUUGCUAAUGGCACAGAGGAAAUGGAAGCUAUUAUAAUCAUUGACAUUCUGCGACGAGCUAAAGUAAAUGUAGUGGUGGCCUCAGUUGAGGACAGCUUGGAAAUUUUGGCCUCUCGUAAAGUUAAACUAGAGGCAGAUAUGCUCCUUGAUGAGGCUGCUAAACUUUCAUAUGACCUAAUUGUCUUGCCAGGUGGGCUUGGUGGUGCCCAAGCAUUUGCGAAGUCCGAAAAGCUGGUGAAUAUGCUAAAGAAGCAGAGGGAAUCAAAUAGACCAUAUGGAGCUAUGUGUGCAUCUCCAGCUUUAGUCUUGGAGCCUCAUGGCUUACUCAAGGGUAAAAAGGCCACAGCUUUUCCUGCAAUGUGUAACAAGCUGUCGGAUCCAAGUGAGAUCGAAAAUAGGGUUGUGGUUGAUGGCAACCUCAUCACCAGCAGAGGUCCUGGCACCACAAUGGAGUUUGCCCUGGGAAUCGUGGAGAAGCUGUUUGGGCGUGAUAAAGCGCUGGAGCUCGCAAAGCCAAUGCUUUUCACACAUCCAUAGUGCUAUUAUGUUUGUAACAGUCUAUUUUCGGCUCCUUGAAACAUGUAUUCGAUAUAAGAAAAUGGAAUAAUUGAAUUCAUAUUUGAUUAUGAAUUCAAUUGCUGUCAUUCCCUGUACAAAUGAGCAUUUUCUUUUCUUUAGAGGAUAUAAAUAACUGGCUUUAAAACACU